AUGGGUCGGUUAGUUAAUAACUGGUUCUGCUUCAAGUUCAAUAAAGGAGAGGAUGUUAACUUUAUUCUCAACAAGUGUCGUGGAAGAUUUGGGAAGCGAGAAAUAAUCUUAUCUUCAAGCAGGAAGCAUGGAAAUAGCAACAACAAAUCUCUUCUCUCAACAUGGAGUGAUGAUGAAACUCAAGAGGUGGAAACUGUAGCAUUUGUGUCAUCUCUCUUACCUGAGUCAGAUAGUGAUGAUGCAUUCUCAGAUGAUGAAACUACUAUCCGCUGCAAACAACUCUAUAAGGCAUCAAAAGCUACAUUGCUCAAGAACAAGAACUUGGAGAGAGAGAUUAAGGCCUUAAAAGCUGAGAAAGAAAAGCUGGAGCUCAAGCUGAGGAAUACUCAGACAGCAUGGGAACAAGAAAGGAACAAAUUCACUGAUGAGUUAACCAAUCUGCAAGGUGACAAAAAAUUUCUGACUUGGAAGACUGAGCGCAUUGAGCUCAGCAACAAGAUCAAAGUGCUAGAACUUGAGGUAAAAGGACAACAUGCAUUGAAUUUAAAUUUGCUAACAGAAAAUGAAUCCUUGCAGGUUGAACUAAAAACUACUCGAGAAAAAUUCACAAAGUUUGAUAUCAACUCUGGAGCAGUAUCAAAAUUGUUUGGCUCAGGGAAAGCUCCUCAUGCUACCUUUGGACUUGGUUAUUCUGGAGAGAGCUCCAAAAGUACCAAUUUUGUAAAAGAAUCACAAUCAAAUGUGGAGAAGAUUGAAUCCUCUACUGAUGUCAUCAAGGAGAUCAACACUGUGCUUAAGGACAUGAACGAUAGGAAGCCAAAUCAUGCUCAACAAGUAAAGGUUGACCAAGGGACUUCCACUGGUCAAAACAGGUAUCCAAGCUCUAAGACUUUUAUUCCUACUUGUCGUCACUGUGGUAAGUUGGGACAUAUUAGACCUAGAUGUAAUGAGAGAUUUAUAAAACCUCAGUCUGUUCAAGAAAAAUGUAUAGUGGAGUCUCUACAAUGUGAACUUAGAGAGCAAAAGGAACUCAUUAACAAGUUGACUGAAUUGUUCUCUACGAGUAACAUGCAAACUGCAAAAGAAGAAUCUGUCUGGAUUAAGAAAGAUACAAAUAAAUGUUUUCUUACUUAUGCUGAUACUGUUGAUGCUACAUGUCUUAUGACUUGUGUAAGUACAGAUGAAAAAUCAACGCACAUUGAAGCCACCUGCUUGGUAGCUCUUACAGCCUUGGCCGACAAACGUCGAGAUUUCUGGUACGUUGAUAGUGGCUGCUCUAGACAUAUGACUGGAGACAAAGCAUGGUUUUCAUCCUUCGAGGAUGAGUGCACAACUGGAUCUGUUACUUUUGGUGAUGGAAGGAAAGCAAGCAUACUAGCACGAGGCAUUGUUAAUACUCCUGGCAUUCCAAAUCUCAAGAAUGUGCUAUAUGUUAAAGGAUUGACAACUAAUCUAAUCAGUGUUAGUCACCUGGCAAACGACUAUGAAGAUGUGUGUGUUGUCUAUCACUCAGAUCAAUUGAAGAAACAUUUGAGCUAUGGCACAAAAGGUUUGGGACAUGUGAAUUAUCAAGAUCUACUGAAACUAUCUUCCAAGCAAUGUGUCAGAGGCUUGCCAUACAGCUCUAACUGGAAAGACUGA